AUGGCUGUCAGCUUUGACAACUACUACUGGGAAGACGAUAACAUCACAGACGUGUGUGAUGGAAACUGCACGCUUCAGGCUCGUGAUUGGGACUUAGGUGUCUCGUUGGCUUGUGGUGAUGGUGAGCAAGACUGCUGGCUUUAUAGCCUCAUACCACAGAGGCAUGAGAACGCAACUGACAUGCUAGCAGAGUGGAUCAGCGCCUAUGGGAAGCUAAUUCCUGCCGACUCGAUAUCGGGACGAUUUGUCGAUGGUCUGAACACCGUCUGCCUAGGUUCCACUACAGAUGACAGAUGGUGCUUAGGCGCUUCGCAAAACUGGACGGGUGUAGAUGUGAUCACGCCAGAUUGCGAUGUGAACCCGGCAGAUCCAUCAUGCACCAGCGAUGUCACGCUCCCAGAAAACAUGCGGUUGGCCAAUCUUUACACCGACGAUGUGCUAUGCGACAACUGCUUCGUCCAAAUGCUCUAUGCGCGCGUGACUUCUCCCUAUCUCGAUGAUUCAGAUCAAUCCGAUUUCCUCGUCUCGCAGCUGCAAGACAUAGGCGACGUAUGCAACAUCACCAUUCCCGAAAUCACCAUUCGCGCACUGCCCAGUUACGCUGAUGCACCGAUGCCGACAUCCAUCGAUUUCGAAUCGACCGCUACUUCGACCAUCAGCUCGGCAGCAGCGACCACGACGUGUGAUGGCCAGAUUAUCGCAUCUGGUUCCGGGUGUGCGGCGUUAUCGACGAAGUACGGUUUGACGACUGGUGAUUUACAGAAGCUGACUGGGUCGGAUACUUGUGUUAUUUCUGCAAGCACUUGUUUUCCUGCAGCUUGCACGCUGGGAGCGGUUCCCACUGGUGCGACUUGUGAGUCGUUCGCAACCAGCAUCAGCGUCAACACCACCACCGUGCAACUCCUUCUCUGGAAUCCCAACAUUCAAGGCCUCUGUGACAGCCUCACAGCCGGACAAUCCGUCUGCGUCGCAGCCCCGGGCGUCAAAGGGACCUACACGCUCGCCGCACCACCGCUCGGAACCGGGGCUGACGCUGCGAAUCAGCAGCGUGGUGGUCCUGGAGGUCGAGUCACUCCUUGCCCAACCUACACCAAUCUCCCCGACGCUACAUCGGCCGCUGGACCAGUCCAGACAGGGAUCGUUGCGAACUGCAAUGCUUGGGCGAUGGCUGAUUGGGGAAUUGGGUGUUUCGACUUCGCGACGCAGAAUUGUAUUAAUACGACGCAGCUGUGGGCUUGGAAUGGGGUGUUGGGGAAGGAUGGGACGGGUUGUCAGAAUUCGUUUUGGGCGAAGGAGUAUUAUUGUGUGAACACAUAUGCGGCAUCGAGUGCGACUCAUACAUCUACGACGUCAAAGACUGGUAUCCCACAGUACUGCAGCAAAUUCGCUCAACCCGCCAGCGGUACCGGGUGUUAUGAUUUCGCAACGGCACAAGGUAUUACACCAGCACAGCUGUAUGCUUGGAACCCAGCCUUGGGUAGCAACGGCGCGAAUUGCGGAACUGCAUUUUAUGCUGAAGAUUAUUACUGUGUGGCAGUUCCUGUUCAGACUGGCAUUGCGGCCAAUUGUAAUAAGUACGCCACGCCUGUUGGCGUUGGAUGUUAUGAUUUUGCGACACAGCAAGGUAUAACGCAAGCGCAGUUGUAUACCUGGAAUCCAGCUCUGGGUACGAAUGGAGCGAAUUGUGGAACUGCGUUCUGGGCGCAAGAGUAUUACUGCGUGGGAGUUAGUAGCUAG